CGAUUGUCACGUGGUCAACAAGUGGUUCGUUACUUUUUCGCUUACUUUGAUUGGGACAGCGCGCAGAACUGCAGCAAGAUGGCUCAUCGGUAUGACCAGGAUGACAAACCCAAAGGCUCCACGACUUACUUCCACCACACAAGCGUAGAACGUGCCGAGGCUAUAAUGCAGGACGGUGUCAUCCGUCAGUCCACUGGGGGCGGAGGUGACGCAGUAUAUGGAAACGGCACCUACUUAACUCGACUUGGGCCCAAACGUUCAGCUGGAGAGAUUGCCCGCAAUAACUGGGAUGGCUUGUCGGGCAAUCAUUGGGAAUAUAUGGAGGGUUCGGGGCGAACUGAUGCCGCGAUCGCCAUAGAAAUGCCAGCACAUGAGGCCGGCAAAGUGGAAAGACUACCAGAACGCAGGGACAUCCAUCUUUAUCCAGGGGACCUCAAACUGUACAACAAAAACCACCGUGUCUACAUCCGGGACCAGAAUGGCAAGGCACGGGAAUACACACGCGAGUAUCAGUAGCUGUGUGAUCUGGAACUUGUCUUGUAAUUUUGGAAGCUGCAUUCUAAGGGACCAAAACUCUUAAAAGGGACAUUUUAAUGUGCUACAAUAUAUAUUCACAGCA